CAUGCGGAACAUGUUGAUAGGUAUCGGUGUGAUAUGAAGGGUCAGUUUAUUUAUUUAUUUUGAUUAGAUCAUAGGUUAAAGAGUUGGUAUGAUAUGAUGAUUCAUACUCAUGUACAGUAGGUGGCGGUAUGCACCUUUUAAGUUGUUUGCAAUCCGCCAAAAACGAAGAGAAGAAGAAGAAGGGUCAGUGAGGGUCAGUAUAGAUCGGUGUCCGGUAACAUGUUGCUGGGCUUCAGACCGAGCCUCCGGCUGCUGUCUCCCCGACUUCAGCUCCUGCAGAGCCGCAGCGUCCAGUCAGAACACCCCGCCACAAGUGCUGCUGUGGACAGCGUGCUCUCUGCUCUCAGGUCUAUAUGUGGAGAGGAUGGCGUCUCAUUUGGAGCAGCUGUGAGAGAACAACACGGCAGGGACGAGUCGAUACACAGAUGCUGUCCUCCAGAUGUGGUGGUGUUUCCUCGUUGUGUGGAGGAGGUCAGCGCCCUGGCCAAGGUCUGCCACCAGCACAACCUUCCCAUCAUCCCCUUUGGCACUGGAACCGGUCUGGAGGGAGGGGUUAGCGCAGUCAAGGGUGGCGUGUGUUUCAGUCUGAGGAACAUGGACCAGGUUCUGGACCUCCACCCGGAGGACUUUGAUGUGACGGUGGAGCCCGGUGUGACCCGGAAGGCCCUCAACUCCCACCUGAGAGACACCGGCCUGUGGUUUCCUGUUGACCCCGGGGCCGAUGCCUCUCUGUGUGGCAUGGCGGCCACCAGUGCGUCCGGUACCAACGCAGUGCGUUAUGGGACCAUGAGGGAGAACGUUCUGAACCUGGAGGCGGUGCUGGCUGAUGGGACGGUCCUACACACGGCUGGGAGGGGCCGGCGCCCCAGGAAGACAGCCGCCGGCUACAACCUGACCAACCUGUUGGUGGGGUCGGAGGGCACCCUGGGGAUCAUCACCAAGGCAACCCUGCGCCUGUACGGCAUCCCAGAGGCCAUGGUGUCGGCCGUGUGCUCCUUCCCCUCGGUGCAGGCCGCUGUGGACAGCACGGUGCAGAUCCUCCAGUCGGGGGUGCCCAUCGCCCGCAUCGAGUUCCUGGACGAUGUGAUGAUGGAUGCCUGUAACAGGUUCAGCUCUCUGUCCUACGCUGUGAGCCCCACCCUCUUCCUGGAGUUCCACGGCUCGGAGCGAAGCCUGGAGGAACAGGUGCUCACCGCCGAGGACAUCACUCAGAGUAACGGUGGAUCAGAUUUCCAGUGGGCUCGAGAUGCAGGAUCACGGGAGCGGCUGUGGAAGGCUCGCCAUGACGCCUGGUACGCUGCUCUGGCCCUGAGGCCCGGCUGCAAGAUCAUCGUGGAGACGAAGCAGGACCUGAUGGAGAACAGACUGACAGGUCCGAUAGCAGGUCAUGUGGGUGACGGUAACUUCCACUGCAUCAUGGUGGUGGAGCCCAGCGACCCCGAGGAGCUGCACAGGGUCCACCUGUUCACUGAGAGGCUGGCCAGACGGGCCCUGGCCCUGGACGGGACCUGCACAGGGGAGCACGGGGUGGGCCUGGGGAAGAGAGCACUGCUGUGUGAGGAGGUGGGCCCAGAGGCUGUGAAGGUCAUGCAGCGCCUCAAGGACAGCCUGGACCCCAAGAACCUGAUGAACCCUGGGAAGGUUCUGCAGUGAUGGAGUCUGAGGAAAAGACAGAAACACAAAGAAUGUCGGCUACUGACUAAAUCAAUCAAUGAUUUGUUCUCAAAUAUAUUUUUGAUGAUUCUAAUGAUUUAAAAAUCGUAUUGCUUCUGCAAAGAAAAAAAAAGUGUUUUCUAUUUCGUAGCGACGGCUGAACUGCGGCAACAACAACGUAAUUUAAAAUGACGGCAGCACUUAUGGAGGUUUUCUGUAACUGUCCAAGUCUAUUCACAGUUUAUUUUCCAUGAACCAGUCUUUAAACACUGACAGAGCCCAUAAUGUGUUCCCGUUAGUGUUUACUUCCUGUCUGUCUUCGUCUGCUGUUCCCGUUAGUGUUUACUUCCUGUCUGUCUUCUUCUGCUGUUCCCGUUAGUGUUUACUUCCUGUCUGUCUUCUUCUGCUGUUCCCGUUAGUGUUUGCUUCCUGUCUGUCUUCUUCUGCUGUUCCCGUUAGUGUUUGCUUCCUGUCUGUCUUCUUCUGCUGAUUUCUCUCACGUCCAGUGCUCUUAACCUAUUUCUUUCUCUUGUUUUAUUGUUGUCUUUUUCUUUUCCUUACUGGUGAGAUUGUAGCCAUCUUGAAUCCAAAAAUGAUUCCAUGGUGUUUCGGAUGGAAGAAAACUAACAUGUUUUUUUGGCCACCCCUGACGUUAAAAUGACAGGACUUUUUUCUGCGGAUUGAUGCGUCUGCACAUUAUCCCUUUAUCAGAGCGUCCUUCUAGCAACAGUCUGUUAUCCUUAGCAAUGGUUUGCUAUCAAUACAAAGAGCAGACCACAGAAUGUUCAAAUAGGCCAAUAAGAAUUGAGUAUUCAGCUAAGCGAGUAAUUCACUGGGGGCCUUUAUGACCUGUCAUAGUAAGAAAAGCCCGGGUGUUUCUAAGAACACGAACAACAUGUUCAGUGUAGUGACAGUCAGCGACAAGGCCCUGUACCAGGGAACUGAAAUCAAAGCGGCCAUCUUCAUUUAAUUAUUUACUUCUGUACAUUCACUUUAAAAAGGAAAAUCAACAUUUGUUCUAUGAAUUCAAGUCAAUCAAGAAUGUUUUAAAUUAAAAAUAGUGGCAGUCUGUACUCUCUAUGUGGGUUUUUCAUGCUAAUAUUAUAAAGCUGUAUUUGAAUGAGGACUGCUUUGUACAACAAAAUAAACCACCAGUUACUGAAUCCUUU